UCGAGCGCCGGUGAGUUUCUCUUUAAACCAAUAAAAUCACUGAAUUCGGUUGUGUCAUAUUAACAGGGAAGAAGGAAACUGCGUUAGUGAUGCGCUGCAAGUAGCUUGGUAAUUUACAGAAGUGUCAGUCGAAGAUUCGCGCUGUAAUCGCCGCAUUCUCAGUUAAAGUUAAUCGUUUGAAUUGGAAAUGCCUGGAAAGAGACCUGCCGGUGGUGCCAUUGCACAACAAGGACCCGGAAAAAUGAGCUCCAUUCCCCUCUCUCGGUCCGAGGUGUUCGGGGAGCUGCGGAAGGAGCUGCAUGAGGAUGAGGAGUUCCGUCAGUCCGACGCUCACAUCUUCAUCAUCAUGGGAGCAUCGGGGGAUCUAGCCAAAAAGAAAAUCUACCCAACUCUAUGGUGGUUGUUUAGAGAUGGGCUCCUUCCUGAACAGACUCACUUUGUGGGCUUUGCCCGCUCUGACCUCACGGUGGAUGCCAUCAAAACUGCCUGCAUGCCCUAUCUGAAGGUGGCAGACUCUGAGGCGGAGCGGUUGUCUGUGUUCUUCAGCCGUAACUCUUACGUCAGUGGGAAGUACGCGGAUGAGAGUGCCUUCUCCAACCUCCACACCCACCUGUUGUCCCUGCCCGGGGGUGGUGAGGCCAACCGCCUCUUCUACCUGGCCCUGCCGCCCAGCAUCUACCACGAUGUCACCAAGAACAUUAAGCACCACUGCAUGAGCACCAAUAGGGGCUGGAACAGGGUGAUUGUGGAGAAGCCGUUUGGUCGUGACCUGCAGAGCUCUGAGGAGCUGUCCACCCACCUCUCCUCCCUGUUUACUGAGGAUCAGAUCUACCGCAUAGACCACUACCUGGGCAAGGAGAUGGUGCAGAACCUCAUGGUCCUCAGGUUUGGGAACCGGAUCUUUGGGCCAAUCUGGAACAGGGACAGCAUAGCGUGUGUGGUCCUCACCUUCAAAGAACCCUUCGGCACCCAGGGCCGAGGCGGCUACUUUGACGACUUUGGCAUCAUCCGUGAUGUCAUGCAGAACCACUUGCUCCAGAUGCUCUCUCUGGUUGCCAUGGAGAAGCCGGCCUCCACCAGCUCUGAUGAUGUCAGGGAUGAAAAGGUGAAGGUGCUGAAGUGCAUCGCCCCCAUUACCAUGUCAGAUGUGGUGUUGGGGCAGUACGUGGGCGACCCAGAGGGAGAGGGGGACGCCAAGCUGGGUUACCUUGAUGACCCCACUGUCCCCAAAGGCUCCACCCAGGCCACCUUUGCCACAGCUGUGCUCUACGUGCACAACGAGCGCUGGGAUGGUGUUCCCUUCAUCCUGCGUUGCGGCAAAGCCCUGAAUGAGCGGAAAGCGGAGGUGCGGUUGCAGUUCACCGACGUCCCGGGGGACAUCUUUGGUGCGCAGUGUCGUAGGAAUGAGCUGGUGGUGCGCGUACAGCCCAAUGAGGCCGUCUACGCCAAGAUGAUGAGCAAGAAACCAGGAGUGUACUUCCACCCCGAGGAGACGGAGCUGGACCUCACCUACAAGAGCAGAUACAAGGAUGUGAAGUUGCCAGACGCCUACGAGCGUCUCAUCCUGGACGUCUUCUGUGGCAGCCAGAUGCACUUUGUCAGAAGUGAUGAGCUGAGGGAAGCCUGGAGGAUCUUUACGCCUCUCCUUCAUCAGAUAGAGAACGAGAAGACUCCCCCCACACCCUACAAAUAUGGAAGCCGGGGUCCAACGGAAGCGGACGAGCUCUCAAAGAGGGUCGGUUUCCGUUACGAAGGAACAUACAAAUGGGUCAACCCCCACCGACUGUGAGAGAGGGAGGAGGAGAGGAAGAAGAGGGAUGGGUAGAGGAAGGAGGCAGAGUGGUGUAAAUGAGUAGCGUUACGUUGCAAUACUUUUGAAUGUCUUCUUUGGGUCUGGCGGUUCCUACUAUUGCUCUUUCCUUUCCAGACCUGUCACGGCAACAGUCAAGAAAGACAAGGAAAUAUGGAAAGGUAGCUAUUUAAUAGUAUUGGAGCAUAGCCUAGGUCUCAGGUACUACAUUAAUGCUCUGUACAAGUGACCUGGUGUCACUUGUAUCCGUCAGGUCUUAACUAGGGAGGGAGGAGGUGCUUAACCUCUGGGGAACAAGGGAAGAGCGAGCGAACACUAGCCCAAUUCUGUUUCAGCUUUUACUUCUCGUCAUGGAUUCAAAAGUUGAUCCGAUUCUCCGAUUCUCUACCCUUCACCUAGAAGUGUGCACUUCUUUCCAACAUACUCAUCACACCAGUCCAUCCCAUAAGGGGGGGGGGGGGUACAAGUGCAAACUUCAGACUGGGAGAGUGGUAGAGAAUAGGACUGGCACCAUUGAAUGGGUGUAAGCAGAGAGGUUUGAGCAGAGGGCUGGAGAGGUUUCCACUUCAGUACACACUUCAGGCAGAAGGGCGAGAAACAGAAUUUGGCUAAUCUUAGACAAAACAUUCUACAGCUCUGUGAUCAGCUAGUGAUCAUAGCUACCAAAAGUUAGACCUGGGUGUUUUUACAUGGAGACUGAGAACAAAACAUGGAUAACCUGUUUAAUGGUGGGAAUUACAAUGAAUGUCUACCAUCCUCUGCUAUUACCACCUGUAUUAAAGGGGUACUUUGAGAUUUUGGCAAUGAGGCCAAAACUCGUGGAUACCAUUAACUUCCUCCAUACUGGACACAGAGACAGAGGUAGUUUCGCAAGACCAUGCUAACUACUGUAGUGUUAGCACGAAUGACUGGCAUGGCUUAAUCUUUGAGACAGGCAUAUGCUACUGGCAGGAUCAACCAGGUAUCUGCUAUUAUGCUAGUAGAUACCUAUAGACUUCCAGUCAUUGCGCUAACGCUAGUUAACAUUUGCUUGCCUGACUACCUCUAACUUCCUUCAUACUGGACCCAGACACAAAUGGUAGCCAUGAGUCCAUCUGACUCUGGGGAAGUAAAUAAAGUGCCUCAUUGCUAAAAUCCUAAAGUAUCCCUUUAACAGAUUACGGUUUUUUCUAUGAAUGUAAUCUUUGUUUUUCUUAUGCUAUUUUGGACCAAGCAAAAUCAUGAUUGCAUAAUAAUAAUUGAUGUAUUGAAGUGGGUUUAAAACAUGGUGGUUGAAUGCAGGGGUCAAUAUUUUCUGCAGGCAGUUUCCUCUCCAAUUUCUUACAAAGCAAAAAUUGUACUAGAACAAGGCUUUAGUGUGCUUAAUUCCAAGAAAAGAGCUGUGACCUUUCUGCUGUUUCAUUCCUUUUUGUUUACAUUUUUCAGGCCUAUUAAGUUACUGAUGUUCGUUUAGAAACAGCAAGGUCUGUCACAGGGUCAACAUAUGAUGCCAUCUUUAUAAUGACGUACUGUAUUGCUAUAGACCGAACAUUCAUGUUAUAUUUCCACAACUUGCAAUAAACCAGUAAUUUCUUCA